ACAUUGUGAUAUCCCGUUACAAAUGGAUAUCGCGAGCAACAAAAAGCUGUCAGAGACGGACGUCGACAACAGAUCAGGUAAUCCGGGCAAAAAAGUAGGUAUGCUACGGGACUUGCGUAACGUGAUCUUACCAGCGCUUUCCCAAACGCCUUGCUAUUCGCGUUGGAAAGGCGUUCGCGAUGGGAAACUUGACCAAGAAUGCUCUACAGUUUGUGGACGUAGUGAGAAUGGCUUUGAGCUGCGAGACAAGCCAGUGAGACGAGGAGACGCUCACUUGGGCAUUUGACUGGGCGGCAUACCUCGAGCGGGUCCAUUCUCGCUCAUCUUGUAUGCCUCAUCUGAUACAGCAAUUGUACGCGAAAAUGAAGCAAAUAAGUAGCGAAAUGGGCUUCGCUCUUGACAAUCAGGCUCUCGGCUUCGACUUCCUCGGUCAAGCGGCCAGAUAUGUGGAGUGUGUGUUGCUGCAGAAUGAGAAUCUAGAGCGACGGGUGUAUAGACAGCUGUUGUUAGAGUACGGUCAACGUGGAUGUAGUAGCAGCACGAGGAGAAGUGCUCUGGUCAACAAUGUUUCGAGUAUUGGAGCUGAAGGUGCAAAGACGCAGGUUCUUCAGGCUGUAAAGGAUCUUGAAGCAGCUGGUGUGACAACUAGGACGACAAGUGAUGGUAAGAGUGAUUGUAGAGGUUGCACAGCAGAUGAGUAUGAAGUUGAGAUACGAUUGCCGGAUUGGUAAGAGAGUCUGUUGGCCAUUUGAUAGUCCACCGUGGACCAGACUCUAGUGGACCAGACUCUAAUAAACGUGUCACUGAUGCAGUAACGUCUCUUGUGAAUGAUGCCGGCGGCGUGGAGAUAGUUGUAGAAGCUUUGGUGUAUAGAAGUGAGUUGGAGCUGCCGUUGGUCACACAGCAGGUUGAUAAAGUUUGACAUCUCGGCUGGUGGCGAGGACUGACAUUGAUGUGACAAUGUGGUUAGAUCUAGAUCCCGAUUUGUUAGAAAGGUGUGUGGACAACGUUCCUGAUGUUCGGAGGCGUAUGCUGAGGUUUCUAGUCGGGAGAGUCAAGCUGUGCCAGACACAGCAAUUUCAUCCAUACAGACGGGUGAGAUGACUGGUUCGGUGGGCAUCGAGAAGAGUCUCGUUGAUCUGUCCAAGAGGUCGGAAAAUGCGAAGAAAACGUGCAUUAAAUUACUUCAAGAGGCUCAACUGGUGGCAGUACAGUGUGGCAAGAGACGUAAUACAAAAGGCGGUGAAGUGUGGGACAAAUUGAUUAGAAAGUUAGAAAUGGUUUAGGAGACGUCAGAAAAUGUAAUGCUCAUUGGCUGCAACAGUAUUUAUUCCACAUGUGGAGUUUGUCUUCUAUACAUAUGUCUGUGUAUUGAAAAUUUUGUGGUGGUAAGGCUGUAUCGUCGUCGUUGUCAUCAUCCUUGGUUUCAUUUGCAACUCUCAAUAAUUCGUUACACUGUGAUGGUGUUAAUUUUUAUG